AUGACAGCGCCAUCGACUAUCAAGCAAAGAUUCCUGUCCAAGCCAAAUGAGCUGGGCGUGGUCGCUGUCGGAUUUAACGGUGGUCAGUGCAAACUAGGCGUUGAAGCAGCUCCGCUUGCCUUGAUUGAAGCCGGUCUUUUGAAUCAAGUGCGCGACGACCUGGGCUACCAACUUCACUAUGACGACACCGUGCACUACUACGAGACCCUGACCCCCAUGAGCGACCCCGACCACCGGGGCAUGAAGAAGCCGCGCGCCGUGAGCGUCGUGACUGAGACGCUCAGCAAGCAGGUCUACGACUACGCCAAGGACGGCAAGUUCGUCCUCACGCUAGGCGGCGACCACUCGAUCGCUAUCGGCACCAUCUCCGGCACGGCCAAGGCCAUCCGUGAGCGUCUGGGGCGCGAGAUGGCGGUCAUCUGGGUCGAUGCGCAUGCCGAUAUCAACACGCCGGAGAUGAGCCCCAGCGGGAACAUCCACGGCAUGCCCAUGGCCUUUUUGACGCGGCUGACCCGGGAGGACAAGAAGGAUAUCUUCGGGUGGCUGGAGGAUGAGCACAUCAUCAACAAGAACAAGCUGGUGUACAUCGGUCUGCGGGAUGUAGACCGCGGCGAGAAGCAGCUGCUCCGGGAGCAUGGUAUCAAGGCAUUCAGCAUGCAUGACAUUGACAGACAUGGAAUCGGCCGCGUGGUCGAAAUGGCGCUGGCUCAUAUCGGCAACGACACCCCCAUCCAUCUCUCGUUCGACGUUGAUGCCUUGGACCCCCAAUGGGCCCCUAGCACAGGCACUCCCGUCCGUGGAGGUCUGACUCUGCGUGAGGGUGACUUUAUCUGCGAAUGUGUUCACGAGACUGGAAACUUGGUCGCCAUGGAUCUGGUAGAGGUCAACCCCAGCCUGGAGGAGGUCGGUGCUUCAGAGACCAUCCGAGCCGGUUGCUCUUUGGUGCGUUGCGCACUGGGCGACACACUCCUGUGA